AGAUUUGUCAGAGGCAUUCAGUUGAGACUGAUUAUGAUUGCAGCAGAUGGGCUGGAUUGGACUGCCGAUGCCAGGCAGUUUUAGAGCUGGGAAUGAAUAGGCCCAGUUGUAGGAUCGCACACGGAGCAUCAGCCGUACGCUCUUGAUUUGCUCUAAGCUCCCCUCCCCGAGGAAAGUGCCACCUUGAAAGCCAGCGCCCCUCCUCAAACACAUGUUAAACGUCCCACAGCCUGAGAAAACCAGUGAAGCACAACAAGGAGAGAGAGAGAGAGAGAGAGAGAGAGAGAGAGAGAGAGAGAGAGAGAGAGAGAGAGAGAGAGAGAGAGAGAGAGAGAGAGCGAGAGAGAGAGAGAGAGAGACACUGGUGUUUUGCAGCCAGUGGAGCUUUCACCUACAGUGUGAAUGGAAAGUUUAUCAACUCAAGGAUCUCUUGUUUGUGGCUGCUGUUGUGACUGCUUGUAGGAUUACUAUGCCUGUUAUUUGAAGAACUUCAUCCAGCAGGAUGUACAACCACAGUCAGGGGAGAAGCUGGCAGCGGCGCGGUUGCAGCGGGAAGUUGCACGAAGCAGAAGUGAAGGAACAAUGCGAGAGAAGCUGAUACACGAGUUGGAGGAAGAAAGACGUUUGAGACUCGAGAGUGAGAAGCGGCUAGGGGAGGUGACAGUGGAGUCGGAGCAGAGCACAGCUCACAUGCUUUCAUUGCAGCAGCAGCUCUCCAGGAUGGAAGAGACAGUGCGGAAUUUACUGCAGAACCAGGGGGCCCUGGAUCAGACUGCUGCGGACACGGUGGACAUUAUGAAGGUCUAUAAGGGUAAACUUUCCGAGGGAGUCAGAAAGCCAAAGGAAGUGGUGGAAGACCUGAACCUGGCAGCAGAGGUGGAUUGCCCCAGUGAAGGUAGUGGGAAUGAGGAGGAGAAGGACAAAACCACGCUGCUUCUGGAAAGGCUGCGAGCAUUAGAGGCAGAGAACUCGGCCCUGACAAUGGAAAAUGAAACCCAGAGAGAGCAGUAUGAGCACUGUCUUGAUGAGGUGGCAAAUCAGGUUGUCCAGGCUUUGCUAACCCAAAAGGAUCUCAGAGAAGAAUGUCUGAAACUGCGGACCCGGGUGUUUGAUCUGGAGCAGCAGAAUCGAACGCUCAGUGUUCUGUUCCAGCAGCGAGUCCGGCCAGCUUCUGAUUUGCUGCUUCAAAAACUCCACUCGCGCAUCAUAGACCUGUCGGCUGGGGACCUGCUCUCUGAGCCUGAGAGGAGGAAAAGCUUCAUGCAGUUACGAACCACAGAAACUGACAUUCAUGAGUCUCAACAGAAUGUAAAAUCUGAAAUACCUGUCUUCAAAUGCCAGAGUCAAUUAGGUUUGACAGUACCAACACAACUGUACCCCCGCAGCAGCUGCAGCAGCAGUGAACUCUCCCUGUCGAGUGCCUGCAGCGAAUAUUCCAGUGGCUCCUACACUUGGAAUGAUGGCAAAUCGUGCAGCAAAAGGUCAUCACUGAACUGGGAAAAAAGAGUGAGCAUUGGCUCCUCAGCCACCAGCGUUUCCAGCCCUGCCGAGGAACAGCUGCCCACCAGAAAGAAGGAAAGCCACAUCCUGGAAGGAUUGAAAAAGCUCCAAAAGAGGACGUCGAUGGAGCCACCUUCGCUCAUAUCCAAAUGGGGAUACAAGGACUGCAUGAACUCCAACGAAGGGAUAUACUCACCCGGUAUAAAGUGUGUGGGUCUCGGUGGCCCUAAGUCCCAGCUUCCAAGCAAACCUAUAGGAAUGUGCAUGAGCCGUGAGCAGGGAAAAAAAAUUGCCUAUGACUCUGAUUCUCAUGAUGACGCAGAUGACGAAUCUACAAAUACACCCACCCUACCCUACGAUUUGCCAAGUAAGGACUGUAGGACGUUCUAUAAAAAGUUAACACACAGUGUUUCUGAUAGCCUGUUCAGCUGGGGGCACAGUGGAAAAUCAAUGAUGGGGAGGAAGCCUUCCUAUUUCAACUCGGAGCGACCUGAAAAAUUAACACGCUUUAUCAAUGGCCUUCUUGUGAGUGAGAAAACAUGUACAAGCUUCAAGCCCCCAGUGUUGAAGUUUAAAGCCAGUCCUAUAGACUUAGAUUGUGCACUCCAGCUUUCUGAGAUUGAUGAUGUGGAGGACUUGCAUGUGGAAAGUGGGGACGAUACAAGCAGUGCAGUCAACCGACUAGCUGAGAAACAAGUCAAUGGCGGCUCCACCAGUCUUUCAAACGAGUUUGACAAACUUCUCCUUCCGCAAUGUGAAAAAGAUCUCAGUCGUUCUUCACAACUAGACAGUAGGCCAAAGACUUUUAAUGUGAUGAAGCAGAAUAAGGUGGUAAGAAAGACCUCAUCUGAAGAAUGUAUCACUGUAAUAUUUGAUGUGGAAGACAGGGAGCCUAUUGAGCUCAGUUCACACCAGACAGGAGUCGUCUCUGUGACUAGAAAUGAGAUUUCUGUGAACCAGCAGCAGACCAUAUCCACUGCCGAAUAUACUGAGCUCAUACCUCAGGGAAUGGCUAAUUGUCAGAAAGGAAGCAAUGCGAGGAACUACUCAGUCCUAGAAUCCCCACAAAACAAAGCUGAACAGCAGCCUGACAAUAUGGCAAAGAAAAAUGUUAUUAUUUCGAGUGUAUGCACUGACACCCCAAGCCCUGAAAGACUGCUGUCACACAUUCCUCAGCAGCCAAAAUUAAUAAAGCCAGCUUAUAAUAAUGCUCACAAACUUAAUUAUGUACCUUCUAUGCAGACAGCUUCCUCUCAAAGGACAAAUUUGACCAAAAUACCAAGCAGUGGCAAAUGGUCGCCACAAAAGGUCUCUAAGGCAUCUGCGAGUGAAACCAGCAAUAACAAUGGGACCUCCAGUUCUUCAUUUCAAGAAAAGUCACCAUCCUCUCCUCCAGUUAAGCUAUCAAGGUUCAUAAAAUCUCCUGGGGGUGGUUGUAACCAGAGCCCAAAGGCAGAAUCGGUAGUUUUAAAGCACAAUGCACAACCACAACAGAGCUCCAAGAUUCCCUGUAGGAAUGACUGGGGAAAGGGCUCUAACACUGGAGUACCAGGUUCUCCUCUGUUGCCUAGGCGACACAUGGAACCUGUUGAUUACGGGGAGCCUCCAACCAGAGACAGGCACUGUGAUCCUGGACAAGCUGAAUUCAGGUCUCCCUCCCCCCCUCCACCACCAGGCAGAUCUACUUCCUUACUGAUAAGACCGAACUAUGAACACACCCCCCCUCUAGCACUUAAACCUAGAACCCACCUCAGUACUUCAAACGCUUCAAGAGGAGGGUCUGCUGCAUUGUUGCAUCUUCACCAUCAGCCGCCCCAACUUGAUGUUCAGCAUCAAAGCCCUCAGAUGAUGCAAGAUACAGCAGAAUUAGAUGUAGGUCAUUGUGCUGAGCCAGCCCCACAGAAAUUGGUAGUUAAUGUCACCCAGCAGCUCCAAAGUUCUCCCGGAGCCCAUCAGACCCCAACAAAAGGUUCUCCUAAAAGGGUUUCUGUGAAAAUGUAUCGCCCUUCUUCCACUUCUGGCCAUGCUCAGGGUGCCAAUGAACCUAUAGCAAAGAGCUCUAAAAAAAUGUCCUGUUUUUACAAUCCUCAGAAAGGUUCCUCACUACAAAGCACAUUUACCAGUAAGAAGGUGCUUUCCUGUGGGAAUGGGUUACCUCUGCAAUACAAAACAUCUAGCAGCUUGCCAAUAUCAUUACAGGGUCACUCACAAAGUACUAUUAAGCCACAUGGGACUCAGGGACAUGGUUCCCAAGUGACACCAAUGUCACCUAGUGCUGAAAACAGUCUUCAGAACACUGAAGAAAAAGUUGUAAAGACACGUAUUCCCAUUGGGCUUAAAGUCCUUGUUAAAUCUCCACCAGUGCUACGGAAAAGCAUAACAGUGCCUGGUAAGCAGGAAAAAGAUAAUAUUAAUACAGCUUCCAAAGGAACAGUGACGUCAAACAAUUUUAGGCAGUGUGAUGCAUCGCAGGGAACGAGAUGUUUUGAAAUGGUGACUGCAAAAUCUGAUCAGGAUAUUAGGAGUGAUAUUCAGGAAAGUUAUUUGAACAAAGAAACACUAUCACCAGUAUUGAAUGACAGUGAGAGUCCUGUUGCAGACAAAGCAGAUGGAGAAAGUAGACUGUUCAAAAGGUCAAUUUCAGUGACGAAUAAGCCCCAUUUAAAGCCUGCCCUGGGAAUGAAUGGAGCAAAAGCCCGCAGCCAGAGUUUUAGCGCACACACUGGGGAUAAAACAUGCACCAGUGUGACAGAAGGGCCUGGUAAGAUACGUACUCAGAUCAUAACAAACACAACCGGAAGGGGGAGCUCCUUACCAGGACAGAACUCUUCCAUUGAAGGGUUUCAGCUGACACCUGGAAGCCGUCCUAGCGAAAGCCCUUCUCGUUCUCCAAUGGGAGUUGACCAUUCCUACACCAGGCAAAGCUCUUAUGGAAGCAUGAGUAGUUCAAGCAGCCACCAAGGUAGCCCAAGCAAAGUUGCUAGUAGAACUACCCCCAAAGCAGAUGGUCCUCGAAACGGGUCUAAGUAUGAGGGCAAGAAGUCACCACCUCACAAAGAAUCACGUAGUCUACCUCUAGCCGACAGGUUUGAUUCUGUCUCACCGUCUCAUUUCUUACCGGAGCAGGCAUCCGAAAGUAUUGGUAGCAGGUUGCUAAACCCUAGCCAAAUUGAGAUAAUAAGACCAGCAAAAAAGUCGGACAACCCCACAAAAGGGCCGGAGGUACCGGAAAAACUCAGUCCUUCGGUAUCCACGAUAGAAGAGAAAGUUAUGAUGGGCAUUCAAGAGAACAUGCAGAAAGGUCAAGAGAAGGAAAAGUCGCAGGUCACAGAGACAAAACUAAAAACGGGUUCUUCAUUGGCCAGCUGGUUUGGUUUCCGCAGAAGUAAGCUCCCUGCACUAAGUAGCAAAAAAGCUGAAACCUCCAAAGCAAAAGAAGAGAAGAAAGAAGUCAAGAUUGGAUCAGUACUGGGGAACAAGCAGCUGAAGUCAGACAAAAAGAAAGAUAAGAAAAAUGAGCAGUGCAAAGAUAGUCAAGGGCAUACAACAAAACCAGAGAAUAAUGAUAAAGUGGUUUCAAUCAUGGAUCAUUGCAAUAGUAAGAUAGGUCCACCAAUGAAACAGCUUCAGCCUUCUACAACCAAAGACCAAUUUAUGAAGGAGCUACUGAACAGGGUUGAUAAGACAGAAAAUGGAUCAAAUCACGUUUCCUACAGGAGUGUGUUGAAGAGCAGCUCCCUGGACUCAUCUCUUCCAACCAUCUCUAUCAGCACCCAAGGGAACCACAAGAAAAACAGUGAAAUGAAGGCAGAUAUGGAAAUGCACAAUGAAACUGUGACCAAGAUUGUGACACAGAAGAUCAACAUUAUGGCAGAUGAUGAUGAAGAGACCAUCCCCGAACCUUCUUGUCAAGAUCAUAUGCUAGGAUCAAGCUGCCAGAUGAGAACCCUCGACAGCGGGAUAGGAACUUUCCCCCUCCCUGACUCGGUCACCAGGGCGACCGGAAGACAUCUCCCCAAAUCCCAAUCCAACCCUGAGAAGGUGGAAACUGUCUCCCCAGAGCCAGAUGAAAUCCUGCCCCAAACCUCUCUACCAAAGGCCAAAACCCUGGAACGAGAAGUGCCUUCCACAUCUGAGACUUGCCAACAACAGCCAGGUGCGGUUUGUCACUCACUGUCUGACCCUACCAUGGCUGUCACAGCUGGGCAUACUCUUCAGAGCCGGCUUCCCAUGCCAACCACCUCAGGCAUAAUGAAACCCAAAGGAGUGUGUGUAAAGAAGCUGAACCCAGUCUCUGCCAAGUCUCCUGACAGCCACGAGAAGCAGGCUGAGAAGAGGAAGAACAGUCAGGACCAGAGCAGUCUUCAAACUGACAGAACGCUACUGGAGAGCACAUAUUCAGCCAGCAGCAGUGAUAGUGAAACUGAGUCUGAGUAUGAAUCAAACGAGAUUGGAACUGGUCAGGAAGUGCUUUUAGACCAAAUGAAAAACAACACGCAAGUUGAUCAAGAUGAACAUGCUGUGAAGAAGAGUUGUAUUGUGAGCCCCAUGUCUAUUAUGGAUUUCUACCAACAUAAGGUGUACGUCCAUUAUGGAAAGGAGGGGCACAAGGACAUGUCACAGUACAGCCUUGUACACAACCAAUCUAUUACUGAAGGAAAGGCUGGAGACAUUCAAACUAAAUUGAAACAAGUAGAAGAGAAGAAGGAAGAACCUAAGAUGUCUGGCUUCGCUAAAAUCUCCCUCGAGUCUCUUAAUAAACUCAACAGCAACAGCGGCCCUUUCCUGGAGAAGGAGAAGAAGAGCCUGAACAAGGCUGAAGGGAAGAAAGCAGAUGAUGCUGGGAAUGAAGAAGCCUGUUCUAGUUGUUCUGUUAAACCUGGUGUGGACAAUCUGGAAUCAUUAAGUGAUUCCUUAUAUGACAGCUUCUCCUCUUGUGCCAGCCAAGGCUCCAGUGACAUAUAGAGGCACUACGAUAUACACUGAACUUCUUCCUGAGAGAGCACUUAAUAUAACAAGGAAAGAAAUUAAUGUGACUCGGGGAAUUAUAAAAAGAAGAACACGAUCGAAGCCUAAGGUGUAAGAAACGAAAACAGGUGCAAAAAAAAAUAUAAUAAAAAAGCCUGUUUUCACUUAGAGGACAAUAAUAUUUGGAAACCUUAAAUUGAUGGCAGAGCCUAACUUUGAUUUUUGUAUAAUGCGAUUUUGUAACUUUGCACUGUUAUAAAUACUGUACAGAAAUUUCUGUAAAUUAAAAAAUAUAUUUGUAGCAAAAUGAAAUAAAGCAAUAAAUAUUAUCAUUCGAUGCCAUCACCCAAGUUUACAAAUUAUUAAGACUUGAUUUGAAGAUUUAUAAUGUUAAUUUGUUUAAUAGUAAUUUAAAUUAUAUGCUUAUUGAUGUUUUAAAUUCUGUAUUUUUGUGCAAACUGCAUCUUUUUAGGGUCGGUGACAUUGUUGAAUUAUAAACAGAAAUCUUAAAAUAAUUAAAGUAACACACAAGAAUUCUUUGACUUAAAUGCAAUGUGUGACUGUCUGUAAAUUUGUUAGUAAAAGAAAUAUGAUGUUUAAUUUACUGUUCUGUUAAAUCUACUGACACAAACCCUAUCACCUUAUCUGUGUAUUUUGGGUUUUUUGGCAAAUCAAGUCUAAUAUCCACAUUUACACAGCUCACUUUUCAUGGUGCUAACAACAAAACACAUUGUCGUUUUUUGUUUGUUUUUUUUUCUAUGAAAGUUGUGUUCAUAUGUAAGGAGAGUCUAUUUCAAAGGACAUCUGUAUUUUUCUAGCUGUGCUGUAUUUAUACCUACUAUUGUAAAUGGAACUGUAAAGUAGUGUAAUUGUGUUAUUUCAGAUUUUUUCCCCAUUAUUGUUACAUUUUAAAAUAAUAUGGUACCAACAGUGUUACUUUGGUAAUAAUUUGUGCAAUUUUUGCUGUCACGUAAGAAUUUAUGCCACAUUUUAUGUAAUUAUGUUUUCAGAAAUAAAUAAAAUGAUUUUCAUUUUUUAAGUUUUAAAAA